AUGUUGGCCCCAAACACAGUGAACGAGCUCUACCUAGGACAAGCCCGCGCCAGCGGCAGCACAAAAGACUGCAUGGCCCUAUACGAGCGAUGGGCCGAAACAUAUGAUGACGAAGUCACCGACGAGGCCCAAGACUACGUCGCACCAGUCCUCGUCGCCCAAGCAGCCAUCCAAUACGGACUAUCCAACGGAGCCACGAACAGCAUCGUCCUCGAUGCCGGCUGCGGGACAGGUCUUGUGGGCGUGGCACUCGGACUCGCCAAGGCGAAAGCAAUUGACGGCAUCGAUCUCUCACAACCAAUGCUGGCCAUUGCACGAAAGACAGGCGUCUAUCGGGAUCUGACGGUAGCGGACAUGAAUGCGCCCAUCGCCAAAGCAGACGAGACAUACGAUGUGGUUUCUUGUGUGGGCACAUUCACGCUCGGCCACGUUGGGCCGGACCCGGCGUUGCGGGAACUGGUGCGAGUGACCAAGACGAAGGGGAUUGUGGUUUCGACGAUCCUGGAGGAAAUCUGGGUGCCGGGUGGGUUCCAGGCGGAGGUUGAGAAGCUCAAGGCCGAGGGGUUGGUGAAGGUUGUCACUGAGGAACUCAUAGACUAUGUAAAAGGCCAUGGCGACAAGGCUGUGUUGCUUAUUUUAGAGAAGAUCGACCGGACUUGA